CAAACAUAAAUAAUGGAAACAGAUAAGCAUGUCGCAAAAAAAUAUCUAUAAAUUUUUAUAAUUAAGAAAUUCGUGGUUUUUGAUAAACUAGCUUCCAUAUCGAUAUUAAUCAUAUAAAAAGAUUUUUAUCAUCUUCACUAAGCUCGCAUAAAACAGUUAUAAAAGGUGAAAAUUAAGAUUAAAGAAAACAAAAAACUAAGAAGAAGAUUUAACAAAAUGCCAAGUGAAAUUAUUACCCUUCAAUUGGGCCAAUGUGGCAAUCAAAUUGGUUUUGAGUUCUGGAAGAGAUUGUGCCUGGAGCACGGAAUCUCUCCAGAUGGCGUCCUUGAGGACUUCGCUAUCGAUGGACAGGAUCGCAAAGACGUGUUUUUCUAUCAGGCAGACGACAAUCACUACAUACCAAGAGCCGUGCUCCUGGACUUAGAGCCGCGAGUCAUUAACAACAUCAUGACCUCUACAUAUUGCAAGCUCUACAACCAGGAGAAUGUGUUUCUUUCAAAACACGGUGGCGGCGCAGGUAAUAACUGGGCCUCAGGUUUUAGUCAAGGUGAGAAGGUCCAGGAAGAGGUGUUCGACAUCCUGGAUCGUGAAGCAGAUGGCAGCGACUCGCUGGAAGGAUUCGUUUUGUGCCAUUCUAUUGCAGGUGGCACAGGAUCCGGAAUGGGAUCAUAUAUGCUAGAGCGCCUUGCCGAUCGUUUUCCCAAAAAGCUUAUCCAGACGUACAGCGUUUUUCCCAACCAGGAUGAGAUCAGCGAUGUUGUCGUCCAACCAUAUAACUCAAUCCUUACCCUAAAGAGGCUAACUAAGUGCGCGGAUAGUGUGGUUGUUCUAGAUAAUACCGCCUUAAAUCGCAUUGCCACCGAGAGACUGCAUAUCCAGACGCCAACUUUUACUCAGAUCAACAAUCUGGUGUCCACCAUUAUGAGUCUGAGCACCACUACCCUACGAUAUCCUUCGUACAUGAACAACAACCUAAUUGGUCUGACAGCAACAAUUAUUCCAACGCCCCAGUUGCACUUUCUGAUGACAGGAUAUACACCACUGAUCACAGAUUAUGAAACCAAAACGAACGUUCGUAAGACAUCUGUUUUGGAUGUGAUGCGUCGCCUUCUUCAGCCAAAGAACAUGAUGGUGUCCGCCAUGACAGACAAACAUAACCGUCAAUGCUUUAUCUCCAUUCUGAACAUUAUCCAGGGCGAGGUGGAUCCUUCCCAAGUGCACAAGUCGCUGCAGCGCAUCCGAGAGCGAAAGCUUGCCAAUUUCAUACCCUGGGGUCCGGCCAGCAUUCAGGUGGCUCUGCCACGUAGUUCACCGUACGUGCAAUCGGCCCACAAAGUCUCCGGCUUGAUGAUGGCCAAUCACACGGGAAUCAGUGCGCUAUUCAAGAGGGCAUUGGCCCAGUACGAUAAGCUGAAGAAGCGGAAUGCUUUCUUGGAUAAUUUCAGGCGCGAAACCAUGUUCAAGGACGAUCUAAGCGAACUGGACAUUGCUCGGGAUACAGUCGACUGCUUAGUGCAGGAAUAUGAGGCAGCCACUCGCAUCGAUUACCCCCAGUGGAGUCCUAACAAAAUACUUUGAAUAAUAGUAAUCUUAUACGUUUUAUUCUUUAAAAAAUAAAAUAUCUUUCUUAUCUUA